AUGGCGGCGCCUCUGCGGGAGCGGCUGUUCUCGCUGGAGCUGCUAGUGGACUGGGUGCGCCUAGAAGCCGGGGUGCUGCCGUCGUCGGUGGCGGAGGAGAAGGAGGCCUCGCUGCCGCUGCCGCCGCCGCCGGGCUUCCGCCCUGCGGUGGCCUUCCGCCUGCUGGACUUCCCCACGUUGCUGGUUUACCCACCCGGCGCCAGCGACCCACAACCCCGACCCGGCGUGGUAACUUUCGGUCGCGGCAAGUCCUGUCUCUUCAGACUGCACCCUCCCACCUUGCACCGCUUGCUCCGUGAGACCCCGCUUUACGUGCUGCUUCUGCAGCUGGCACCCGGGCGCCCGACGCCCACCCCGCGACUCCUGGGAAGCUGUGGCGUCUCGCUUGCGGAUGCUGCCCAAAAGGUCUUGGGGCCAGUACAGUCAGCCUGCACGUGGGGCCAUCGAGAAUGCUACCCGUUGUGCAACCAGGUGGGGAAGCGGAUUGGGGACAUCGCGUUGGGCUACCGCCUGACUGACCUGGGGAAAUCUUUGCUGGGACGUCUUGAGGGACAGGUCACCUGCAGGAGAAGUGAACUGGAGUUAGUAGAGGGACAAGAAGCCGGCGAGGUUAAUUCCCUGCCGGAAAAACAACGGCUAAGGCAGCCAACCUCAGGACCAAUCUCAGAAGAUGAUGCACACCUGGUGGAUUUAAAAAUCACAACCACACAGGAAUUAAAGGAAAUAGAUAUUCACGGUGGUGCCAGCUCUGAUAACACGGAUUCUGGGGAGAAGGGCAAAACUAGUAGUAGUAGAUGUAAUAGUCCAAAUCAGGAAGAGUUGGACAUUGAAGCCAACACAUUUUGCCCCCCACCUCUAUACUACACCCAUUUGAUUGAAAAAAAGAUGCCUUCUGCACAAGGUAAAAUCACAUUUGUACCGCAAGUUAAUGUGCCUGAGGAACUAGAUGCUAUUUUUCAAGAAGAAAAUCAUGUAAAUCCCCAAACACAUACCAAUUUUCCAAAGUAUGUGAAUACUAUAACGAAGGAAAGUCUCUCUCUGCUUACAAAUCCUUCAGAAAAUAUUCAGAAUGUAGGAAAAAAGAAUCAAACUCCUUGUCACUCUCAAACUGAACAAAAUAGAAUUACUACUAUACGAGAGCUGCCUUUGUUAAAUGCUUUGUUGGUCGAGUUGUCCUUGUUAUACGCCCAGCCCAUGGCAAGCCCUACUCAUAUACAUCCCCAUCUAGCCUGGUUGUAUAGAACUGAGGAAAAGAAUGAACCAGACUCUCUUGCCAAAGCCACAUGUAAAUCUGAACCCAAGAAGGAAAGACUCUCAGUAGGGGAAAAGAAAAAGUCAGUAAGUCUUCAAAAUAGAAAGAAUCAAGUUGAAAAUCUCAGGGAAAGUAUACAUUAUGAAAAGCCCAGUAGUAUCCAACAAAACCGAGUUCCAAGGGGACGGCUGCUCUAUGGCAUAACAAAUACACUAAAGCUACGUUUAAAGCAAACAAAUCCUGACAUGUUGCUAGUACAUGAAAAAAGAGAACAGGAGAGAAAAAUGCAAGCACAAAUUUUGGGUGCAAAACUCAGAAUCCCAUCAUCCAAAGUUAAAGUAUUAAGCUUUGUAGAACAACGUCAGAAGUCACAUCAGCUACCAGAAGAUCAGUGUUUAGUUUCAGAUGCAACUUUUGCUGAAAAUAGUCAUACUUCAAGGCAAGUUAGUAGGGUUUUGGAUGAGCCUAGAACAACUAAAACUAAACUAUGUACAAUGGGGAAAAAGACAAUUUAUUGUACGAAAAACAGAACCAAUAGUGGUUCAUUGGAAGAAAAAAGUGCUGUAAAAUCCAUUGUUUCAGAACAGUUUAAUCUUAAAAAUAUUUUUGAAGACAAAGUGGAAACAGAAGUCCAAAGUUCAUGUGAUGUUCAACAAAAUGCAAUCGAGAGAAUUGUAGACAAAGAAAUAGGUAGUAGGCAGGUCAAAACCACAAAUAAUGCCAUUACUGAUGUAAGUGAAAAUAAACUAAGUAAAAGUAGUUCUUCUGAAAGCAUUUCAGAACUCGAAUAUUCAGAUGAUUUUACUAGCCCGUGUUAUUCUGAAGCUUCCUGUGCCCCUGAGGACACCGGCAGAAGCAUACAGGCUCAUGAGAGUCCAGACCACUGUCAAUCUCUUAGCAAGUCUAGUGACGCAAGCUCGUCCAUAAGGAAACAUAGCAGUGAAAAAAGUUCUAUUUUUAGCCCACCUUUUUCAACUGGAUUACCCAUACACUCAUAUAAAAGAUCUAAUAUUUCAAAGCCUAAGGAUAAAGGUUCUGAUGAAGCAUCUUAUAGCUCUACCAGUGAUUUAUCUUCAUCACAUUGGACUGAGGAAAAAGAAACACAGAGAGACCAUAAUAGCAUGCCUAAUUCAAAACUGAUAAAGAGUGUUCAAGACAGCUCUAGGAAACUUAAAACAAAAGCUGGUUGCAAGUCUUUAGAAAAAAGUCAGUCACCAAGGACGUCUCAAGUGAGUUCUUACCUGCCAUCUAAUUUGUCGGAAUUAGAAUUUAAGGCCUUGGAUGUCAGUUCGUCAGAUCAAUUUGAAGAAGACAGCGAUGAAGUUGGUUCACUAAAUAUUUCCAAACAAUGCAAAGAUAUUUCUGAAUUAGUAAUAAAUAAACUUCCAGGAUAUACAGUGUAAAAAUAACAUGCUUUUAAAAAUCAUGGAUAUUUUAACGAUAUAUGUAGUAUGUGUACUGCUAAUGA